AUGGCUAAUUACAAGCUGUCGGUUCGAUAUGAGAAUAAGAAAGCGUAUGACACGUACUCGAAGGUUCUUCUGCACAUAGUCAAUCUUAGGUUUAUUUCAAAGGGUGCGCAGGCAGUGGAGCCUUUUACUGCUAAUGACGAACAACCGCCGGUUGAAACUACGACUCUCAGAGCAAUAAACGCGAUCUCAUUGGGUGAACUGCGGAGUGUAGACCUGGGGCCCGGGCUGUUGACUGAGAUUCAUGUGCAGAAGGAAGAAGGAAGUUGA